UCAAGGCAAGGAUGAGCUACAAAUCUGGGCAGUUUAUAAUCGGAGUGUUAUUACCCUUAACUAAAGGAGAGGAUUGUGCAACUGUCAGUCACGAAAGCGUUCAACUUGUAGAGACGAUCAUCUACGGGAUCCAAAAGCUAAACAUAAACCAGAAACAUCAUCUAAAUUUGACUAUUGGCUACGAGAUGAGAGACACGUGUUCAAAUCCGAAAGUGGCCGUGAAAGAAGCCUCAAACUUGGUUUUCAAAAAACAGAAUGAUUCGAGUUGUGUUGGAGAAGCUCGGUGUGAAUGUGGGAAUGAAAUCUUUGCUGUCCUUGGGCCAUUAAUAUUGGAAAACAUUAUUUUGUCUGCCGGAACUUUGAGCUUUUAUCAAUACCCACAGGUUAUGUUAACCGGAAAGACUCGGUUGCUAAGCAACAAAGCUAUGUACAGCCUCCUUAAUAGUAUUGCACCUUCUCUGACUGACACUGCAGAAGCACUUUCAUUGCUUAUAGAGUCAUUUGGAUGGACAAGCGUGAAUAUAAUUGGAUCUAACGACGUAUAUGGUCGUGAAAUGACAACACUCUUGGACCAAAAUCUACGGGCAAAAAACAUUUGUAUUUCCACCCAACGCAUUCUAGGCAUGACUGCGCCUGCACCAACUCGAGAAACUAUAUCUUUGAUACGAUCAAAACAUCAAGUACGUGUGACAGUUUUACUUACGACAUCGGACACGGCCAUAAAAGUACUCGAAGAAGCGCGAAAACAAAACCUUACUGCGCAUGUGUGGAUUGGAACCGAAGCUUGGAUGACUAAUAGGAGUAUUACAAGAGAAUAUAGUGAUAUUCUAGACGGGAUGUUGGGAACUGCUUAUUCUGGAAACGGAUUGGGAAUUUCUUCACAUUUACGACAAGGUCUUCGAAAAACAAGUUAUAGCGAUUGGAUAAAGCAAUUCUAUCCGAGUAAAACCAUUUCUAGUUGUGAAACAAAUUCAAAACUUAUCGAUGUUGAGGGCUUUUCACCUGGAAUUAUGAGUAACGCUUUGAAAGUUCUUAAUGCGAUAGCAAAUGCUCUGGAAAAUGUCGUUUAUCGACCAGAAAAUACUCGUAAUAAUAAGGAUUUUUCGAAUGUCAAUGUUACGCGAAUACGAAACGAGAUAAAGAGAGUUUUACCAAAUAUUAUUGUCAAGGACACUGAAACUUUAGAAUUGCAAAUUAUAAACUUGCAAAGACAAUUAUCUGGGGAGAUUAUUUUUGAAUCCGUUGGAAGAUGGAGCAAAAACCAUUCUCAAGAAGGAAGACUCUUUCUACAGAAAGAAAAAAUUCGAUGGCCUGGGAAUUACAAACAUUGGGUUCCAUUCUCCGGGAACAUUGAGCCGUGCUAUCCUGGGUACUAUAUCAAGAAGGGCCCAAUAGCAUGCAUUUGGGAAUGCCUUCGAUGUCCUAUAGGUACGUACACGGAUAAUUACACCUCCCCGGUUUGUAAACAAUGCCCGGAUGGUAAAAUACCCGAUAGUCUUCAAACGCGUUGUGUCGUGUCGGAACAGGAGUACCUCAAAGCGAUCGAUCCGUUUGGUAUAAGUAUAUUAUGUGCUUGCGCAGUAGGGAUGAUCGUUACAGGAGCAGUCCUCGCUAUCUUCCUCAAAUAUCAAGACACGCCCGUCGUUCGCGCCUCCAACAUGGGAUUCUGUCUAUUUACUCUUGUUUUAUUACUGCUCUGGUUUUUGUCGCCCGUUUUGUUCCUCGGUCGUCCUAAAGACUGGACAUGCAAGGUCAGAACAGUUUGUAUUCCAUUGCUUUAUACUUCGGUCAGUGCUCUUCUCCUUACCAAGACAAAACGUCUCAUUCGCAUCUUCUCCGCGUUAAAACGAAACCGUUUUCUCAGUAACUAUUGGUACAGUUUUGUAGCGUGUUCCAUCGUGCUGGUACAAAUUGUAUUUGGUGCUAUUUACCUCAUAUUUUUUCCACCAGAAACCCUCAUCAUCUAUCAACAAGAGGGAAAGGUUUCUCUUCAUUGUACACGUAAUCUCGCCCUAGAGAUUGCGUCAUUCAGCUAUAACUGCCUCCUAGCUAUUCUCUGUGCUUCGUUCGCCAUGAAAUCAAGAAAUCUCCCAGAAACUUACUCCGAAGCAAAAUAUAUUUGUUUUACUAUGCUUACUUACAUGAUAUCUUGGAUCAUAUACUUUCUUGGUUACUAUGGCAUCACAUACGGGAACUUGAAGACUGCUAUUCCCAGCUAUGGCGUCAUCAUCGGCGCCUUUGCGGUUUUGUUUUUUAUUUUCAUUCCAAAAAUUCGCGUUAUAUUCUUUCGUCCAGAGAAGAAUACAAAAAUGGCAGCCCUUGCUGGAACAAGGAAGUAUUCGAUUGAUGUCGCGUCUGGCAUGAAUAUAACAAUUCCCAAGCCUUCAAGAGCGUGUGAGCGUCGACAUACACUGGCGACCUUACCAGCGUACCACGAAACUGAUCUACCCUUCGCUUCAAGCACUAACUAUAAAGGAGAACCAAACGUGCCCAGAUUCUCCUCCUCUUGCUUAGUCGGACCAAUAAAAGAAGUGGAUCUAGAAGAAGAAUCGACGCAUGCGCAGGAUGAGGUGAACGUUUCUACGAACUUCGCGUUGAAAAAGGACGUGAAUUUGAACAUUUGCCCAACAAACGAGGUUCCAAAUGGAAUUGCGUUAGCAUCACUGAAAACGGCGCACCAACUGCAAGAGACUUUAGAUCAAAAGGUUCCUUAGGUAAUCACACGUGGACUGCAAUGUGAUAAGAUCCGUACUGCUAUGCGCACCUAUUUAAAUAUAAAAAUCCGUCACAAUCAUGGUAUGGCACGGUUCAACCAAUCACAUUGCGCGAGAUUUGUGAUCACCCAAUCAGAAUCCUGAUACACGCACCGUCACGGUUACGGUAAGUCAUGGUACGUUUUCCACCAAUCACAAAAUGACGAGAAGAACUUUUUUCAGCUUUGAAAGCUUUUCAUAAUAACAUCAAUCGACAUGAAAUCAACUAAAAAUCAUUAUUUUGGAUAUUUAUUUCAAAUUCAAUUUAACAAAGAUGCGUUACUUUGAUCAACUUUAAUAUUUAAAAAUUUCAUUUGCUACCAACAAAAAAUGUUCUAUUAUUUAUUAAAUAAAAUAGGUUUAUCAAAUUACGUGAUUCUCGAAAAAAUAUGAGAGAAGUUAAAGAAGUCUUGUCAGUUUGCACUUGUAGUCGCCUUUUGUUUCUAGGGCGACUAGAAACGACAAAGCUAAGGCAGGCUACAUGGAUCACAUCUGUGAAAUUUUAUAGGGGCACUUGGAUGAAAACGCCCCAAUUUUCAAAGUCCGAAUAAUUGAAGAAUUUGUGGAUAAUUUGGCUCGAUUAUGAUUGCCUGGGAUCCAUUUGCAUUUGAGAAAUUUUGGGUUAAAAGAGAAAAGAACAAUAGGGUUGGG